UGGUGACGUACGGCGUGAGUUUCUUUCCCCGUCUGUGUUUAACACACACUCUCACACACACUCGACUGGACAUAAACAAGAGUGAAGGGCCUUUGUGUUACACUCAUCACUGUAUCCUCCAGCACAAGCUGACUUGAGUUGUAUUUAUUGUGUGUAUGGCAGCUGAAGCUGCGCGCCUCUGACGGGAUUUGGCUCGUGCGCGCGGAUUGUUGUUCUGAUGCCUGAUACACAUUGCCAUUAAGGACACAGAAUACUUUAUAAUGGACUGAUGAUCAUGUCCAUCACCAAGUUAUCAGUGGAUGUUCUAUAAGAGCGGAUAACCUUAAGUAAUCAGGAAUCUCACUGGAGACUUAAGUAGACAAAACCAUGGCUAGCAAGAGGAAGUCCACCGUUCCAUGCAUGAUUCCUAUAAAAACCAUGCAUCUGCAGGAUGACUUUCAACGGGACAGACUGUCCCCUCCAACCAAGGACAUUGGCUUUUCCUUCAGGGAGGAAACAAGUGCAAAAGGCAGUGAAAGUUUGGGUGAGUCCUCUGGGCAAGAAGCAGGGGAUAUCCAUAAAGAUGGCGGCAUUUACACUUGUAAGCCAUGUAACUUUGAGACACAGGACCUAAAUCUUUUCCUUGAUCAUGUCUACAGUGGGCACCCAGAUUUCCGCAUUGACCCCUGUUUUCUUUGUGUGGAUUGUGGGAUAAGUGCUGCAAAAUUUGAGGGCUUAGCUCUGCACAAUGCCCGUGUCCAUCCUAGUACAAUAACCACCACACUUCAGCUCAAAAAGAAGGACAACAGGAUCAUGGUAGAGCAGAGUCUUUGCAUGGAACCUUGUGAAAGCACUAGCUCUAAAGAAACAGAGAUAUCCAUAACCAAAACACCAAUCAUGAAAAUGCUGAAGGGUAAAUCAGAACCCAAAAGGAUUGUUGUUUCCCACCCUGCCACUGAUGACCCGCCACCCUCUAUUACUAAAGCGGUGGGGAAAAAUGACUCUCCUGCAGUUACAGUCACCCAUGUGCCCACUAUUGUUCACAGUGGAGCAGCCAGCAAAGUUGCUCUGCCAUCAGCCAUACAGAUUGUUAAUGGCUCUGGGGCUUUACCCAUGCUGAAGACGGCUGUUACACAAGUUGUGUCUGUUGUGCAGAACACAAGUCUCAAUCAGCACUCUGCUCCAGUCUCCUCAUCCCACUCCUCUUCAGCCUCUUCAUCAUCAAGUACUAAGAAUCUUCCAAAAGUGAUGAUCCCUCUCAGCAGCAUUCCUACCUAUAAUGCAUCCAUGGACAAUAGCAGUUUCUUAAAGACAUCCUUUAGCAAGUUCCCUUAUCCAACCAAGGCUGAGCUUUGCUACCUUACUGUUGUCACCAAGUAUCCUGAGGAGCAGAUCAAGAUCUGGUUCACAGCACAGAGGCUAAAACAAGGAAUCAGCUGGUCUCCUGAGGAAAUAGAAGAUGCCCGCAGAAAAAUGUUCAAUACAAUCAUACAGGCAGCACCUUCCAUUGGCCAGCAGCAACGUCAGACCCACCACACUGCUACUCAGCCAACUAUCACAGUUCUGGGUACAACUGCCAUCCCUCACAUCUUGCAAGGUAGCCUGGUUGGACAAGGAGGGGUGAUUGUCACCCAACCAAUGAUGGCUAAUGGAAUUCAGGUCAGCAGUGCCCCUGUUGCACUAGCGGUCACACCCAAACCUCAGGCUGCUGCAAAACCUAUGAUGCAGGCCAGACCCGCUGCAGCCCUGGUAGCUGAUAAAGGAAUCAGCAUGGUUUUAGGCACUGUUGGUAGCAGUAGUAGUGGAAAUUGCAGUAGUAGCAGCAGUGCUAGUGCUAGCAGCAGUUCAAGCAGUAUUAGUAGUACUAGCAGCUUAUGUAGCCAGGCUAGUGUAAUCAGUGUUGGUGGAAGUAGCACUGCAAAGUCAAAUAGCAACAGCAAUGUUAAGGUCAGUACAGCAGGCACUAAUGGCACUUGCAUUCAGAGCAACGGUAAUAUUGUGAAAAGUGAGGGUAAAGGCAAUUCUGAGGCUAAAAGCAACAAUAACGGCAAGAACAAUAUUCCAUCUGCCAGUACCACUCCAACCACUACCUUGGCAUCUACAACUACAACAGAUAGCACAAUACCAAGUAAAUCAGACUCCCCAUGUCCUGUCUCUAUGAACUCUCGUAUUUUCUCCUCCAAUAACUUCCUGGACCCCAGCUUUAACAAAACCAAAAAGUCCCAGGGACAGCUGGCAGCCCUAAAGGAGAGCUUCCUUGUUAACCAGUUUCCUAAUCAAGAGGAAGUAGACAGACUUAUAAGCCUAACUGGUUUGUCUGUACGUGAAGUACGAAAAUGGUUCAGUGACCGCCGCUAUCACUUCCGGAAUCUGAAGGGUUCAAGGUCAAGUGGCAGUGGUCAAACUGUUACAGCUGGUGGUAGCAUUUCCCAGCUUGAUACACUUGCUGCUGUAGACCUGUCAGAAAACAGUUCACCCCCGGAGAGGCCCAAAACUCCCCAGCAGUCACCUCUCAGCCCCUCACAAACAUCAUCACCACCAACUCCCACACGGCGUCCUCCACGACCCCCAUCGCCAGAUUUCACGGCUAUACGGUACAAGGAGCGAGAGCCUCAUCAGGUUCGUGCUUUGGAAGCCAGCUUUGCACAGGAACCAGAUCCAUCUAGUGAAGAAGUUGACCGGUUAAGAGCAGAAACCAAGAUGACUCGCCGCGAGAUCCAUGGUUGGUUUGCUGAGCGGCGAAGGAGGGUAGCAGCAGAGAAGAAGAAAGAGGAAGCUGAGAAGGCAGAAAGGGAAGAUGAUGAUACAGUGGGAGAGGAAGAGGGGGAUGGAAUAAAAAAGGAAAAAACAAGCAAUGAGGAGACACAUGAAGCUGAAGAUUCCUCCAUAGAAACACAAGUCAAAGAGGAGAAACUAAGGGAUGAGACCGGUACUGAGCCAAAAGUUAACCCUAUCAAGAUCAAUCUCAAAAUGCUGAAAGUUACUGAAUCUAAUGGAAAAGGUGAGCCUGAGGGAAGUCAACUGAUUGAAGCUACCAAGAUGCCACAAUCUAUCUCUCAGACUUCCCCAUACCGAGGUAAAAAAACACCCGAACAGCUCCACCUGCUGAAGCAAGUCUUUGCACGCACCCACUGGCCCAGUAGUCCCCAGUACAAUGAACUGAUAGCUAAAACGGGCCUACCACGACCAGAGGUGGUACGUUGGUUUGGAGAUUGCCGCUAUGUUCUGAAGAAUGGUCAGCUCAAGUGGCUUGAGAGUUACCAGACCAUGGUAGAUGAGGAAGACUUUCAGAAAGCCAGCAUUAGUGUUCUAAAGGAGCACCUAGACACACAUGGUAAACUAGAUGAGACUAAGUUGGAGGAGAUUGCCAAGUCAAGUGGGUUAGGUGAAGAGUCAAUCCGGCGGUGGUUUGCAAAUAAGACACCACUUUUAUUGGAGGAAAGGAACUCUGAGAACACAGGAAGUGUGAUGACUGGGUCAUCAUCUGCAACCCCAACUGAAGCUGCUCUAAUGUCACAGAAUCCAGACCAUGAAGAUGUAAAGGUGGGGCAGUCAGGAAGCAGCCUAAUCUCAAAGGAUCAAACCGUAGAGUCAACAAUUGAAAUAUCAACUAAUACUAAACAAGAGUCUGACUGAGGAGGAGAGUGGAUGCAUGAAUGGAUGUAAAGAGAUAUCACCCUACGGGAUUACAGCACAUGCGACCUUUAUUUGAAGGCUUUUUUUUUAAAUGUCAGAUGAAACUUUAACAGGAGCACUGGAGGAUACCUCUGCAAAAAAAAAAUCUCUCUUCUAUAAUGAACAUUUUCUUUUUCACCCAACAGUUACUAGCUGUCCCACUGUUCAAGACAUGGUGUGGAUUGUUGAAGGUCAGGAUACACCCCUUCACCAGCCAGCUGCUUUUUCUAUUUGGACAGAAUAGAGGGGAAAACAGACAUUGGCUUUGAGAAGCGAGACGCCCAAGUUGAAGUCCAGAGUUUUUCUUGAAUGUGUAUUUCUUUCGUUCUACUACUUCUGGAGAGGAAUUGCCAUUUUUAGGGAAAUGAUGGUGUACGAAGCGUAAACUGCACAGCUCUCAUUGAGCCCUUUUGUAAUUCUUAAAAUAUGACUUGACAUAAUUGCACCUCAGAGAGGUUAAGUUGUGUGCUGUAGGUGAGCAUCAAUACCACAGCACCUUUUUUUUUUUUUCCUGAAAUGUCAUUGAAAGUAAAAGAAAACUGUAAAAUCAUGAUAGAUUCACCAGUGUGAACGCUUAGGCUUGUAUGAUUUUUACAAAUAUUAUUUGCAGAAUAAAUUUAAUAAAAAAGGUCAUGGAUUUUCAGGCUUUGGAAAAAAAAAUAUAUCACUUUUUCAUUGUUGAAUAAGUACUUUAUUCUCAGGCUUGAUUAUGUUUCAUAUGAAAAGCAAAAUUAAAAUGUGUACUUCCUCCAAUAUAGCAUAGGCACAUUACAGAAAAGGCUUGGUUUGUAAAUAAGAACAUUGGUAACAAAACAUUGAUGCAAGAAAGCAUAGAAAAAGGCAUACAUGUCCAACAGGGGAUCUUUCGUUGAUGUAUAUAUGUAUACAUACACCAAGGCACAUGAAUGAUGCAAGGAAUUAGCAGACACUAAUUUACAGACUGGAGAAGGGCUACAGAAGUUCAGGGAAAGGAAUUUAACACUCAAAACUAAUUGAGGGAAUGUUGGCUAAUUAGGAAUAAAUGCAGGUGAAUUCCCUCUGAAGAGGUUUGGCCUUGUCUUUUCUUCAAAACUCCGUGAUUAUGGUCCCUGUGUCUUUCUGUAAUAUUUCUAGAUCGAAAAAUUGCCAUACACUAAACCACAGAGACUAACUAGGGGAAAAAAAAAAAAGAAAA